AUGUAUCACAGCAGCACGGAUGUAGCUGGCGGCGACACCUCGGACUGCGGGCCGAGCGAUAGCUCGUCUUCGGCCAACCGGAGACGAGCUACCGCCUCACCGUGUCCAGCAUCAACUUCUUCAGCUUUAUCCCAACAAGCAGCAGGUCAGAGCCUCAGCAGCUUCAGGACAGGGAGGACAGCAGCAGCGCUGCUCGCAUCCAGCUCAGACAGCUCCUCUUUUCGCAGCCAUGGAGGGACGCCCAGGCUCAGAAGGACACCGGGGUCUGCGGGGCCCACAGGAACAAGUUGCUCCUCUGCAUCCACGAUCUCUGGUCCCUCCGUGAUUGUAGCAGUGGUGGAGGGGCGGGGUUUGGCCAGGGGGGAAAUUGGCAUGGCUAGUUUCAACUUGAAUUGUCCAGAGCUUGUGCUUUCUCAGUUUGCAGACACGGGGACAUAUGCCAAGGUUAUAACCAAGAUUCACAUUUUGGUGCCAGUGGAAAUACUGAUGCCAGACACAGCCAGUGACAAGGGGAAGGGGACAAAGCUCUUCAAGCUCAUCACUGAGAAUUUCCCGGGUGUCGCUUUAACUGCGAUUCAAAGGAAGUAUUUUAAUGAGAGGAAAGGACUGGAGUACAUUCAGCAACUAUGUGCUCCUGAAUUUGGCACUGUCCUCAUGGAAAUACAAGCAAAGUAUUAUUGCCUGGCAGCUGCAGCUGCGUUGCUGAAAUACUUAGAGUUCCUCCAGAACUCUGUUUAUGCUGCCAAGUCUCUUAAAGUGAGCUUUAAAGGGAGUGAGCAGACGGCCAUGAUCGACUCAGCAUCUGCCGCUAACUUGGAGCUUGUGGUCAACAACAGAGACCACAGGAGUGAACAUACACUUUUAGGGGUAAUCAACCACACAAAAACACCUGGUGGUGUUAGAAGGCUGCGCUCCAAUAUUCUGGAGCCAUUGGUGGAUUUGGAAACCAUCAACAUGCGCUUGGACGCUAUACAAGAGCUUCUGCAAGAUGAGGAGCUCUUCUUCGGCCUCAGGAAUGCUAUAGGUCAUUUCCUCGACAUCGACCGGCUGCUCUCUGUUCUCGUCCAAAUCCCAAAGCAGGAAACGGUUCAAGCAGCUGAAUCCAAGAUUACACAUGUUAUUCAGCUGAAACACACACUAGACCUCGUACCGCGGCUAAGGACGGUGUUAAAGAACUGCAGCACAGCUCUGCUGAAGGCUUACAGUACCACGCUGGAGGACGACAGGUUUGACGUGAUCUUAAACCAGGUCAAGACGGUUAUAAACGACGACACAACAUACCUUAAAGGGAGUCUAAACCUGCGCACCCAGAAGUGUUAUGCGGUGCGCCCAAACAUCAACGAGUUUCUUGACAUUGCACGCAGAGCUUACACGGAGAUCGUGGAUGACAUUGCAGGACUUGUGAACCAGAUGGGGGAGAAAUAUGGCCUGCCGUUGCGCACCAGCUUCAGCACAGCUCGAGGCUUCUUUAUCCAAAUGAAACUUGAAGGAGUGAACUUAGCUGAGGGGAAACUCCCCUCAGAGUUCAUCAAGGUAACCAAGUACAAAAACAGCUACUGUUUCACCACCACAGACCUGAUGAAGAUGAACGGACGCUGUGAUGAGGCCCUGAGGGAGAUCUUUCAUGUGUCUUAUGUGGUGAUAUGUCAACUGCUCAGCACCAUCCAUGAGCACAUCCACUGCCUUUAUAAACUCUCUGAUGCUGUUUCCAUGUUGGACAUGUUGCUCUCUCUGGCCAAUGCUUGCACAAUCUCAGACUAUGUGCGUCCGGAGUUCACGGACACUCUGGCCAUCAAGCAAGGCCGUCAUCCCAUCCUGGAGCGGAUUUCUCGACAGCAGCCCAUAUCCAACAACGGCUACAUCUCCGAGGGCAGCAACUUUGUCAUCAUAACAGGACCCAACAUGAGCGGCAAAUCCACUUACCUCAAACAAGUGGCGCUGUGUCAGAUCAUGGCCCAGAUCGGCUCUUUUGUUCCUGCUGAGUAUGCCUCUUUUCGAGUAGCUGAUCAGAUUUUCACCAGAAUUGGUGUGGAUGAUGAUUUUGAAACCAACUCUUCUAGCUUUAUGUUGGAAAUGAAGGAGAUCUCUUACAUCAUCCACAAUGCAAGUGACAGAUCAUUGAUCAUCAUAGAUGAGUUGGGGCGUGGUACCAGUGCUGAGGAAGGCAUUGGCAUCUGUCACUCCGUUUGUGAGUUCCUCCUUAGCCUAAAGGCGUUCACUCUGUUUGCCACGCACUUUCUGGAGCUUUGCCAACUGGAGUCUCUCUAUCCUAAUGUGGAGAAUCAACACAUGGAGGUUCAGCACACGCGCAGUCGUGAAACUGGUGAAGAGCGAGUGGUGUAUACUUAUUUGCUGAAUCGAGGAUGCUCUCAAGAAAGACAUUAUGGUCUGAGAGCAGCAGAAAUGACCGCUCUUCCUCCAAAUGUAAUCCAGGAGGCUAAGACAGUUGCCUCUAAAGUCAGCCAACAGCUUUUGGCCAGACAUCACACUGAUCCAGAGACUGAGAGACAGAGAGCUGUGUACCACCUGGCCACUCGCCUCUUGCAGACUGCCAGAAACUCAAGAUUAGACCCAGAAAGCCUGCGUACGUACCUGAAAGGACUGAAAAGACAACAUGAGGCUGAGCUGCAGGCUACAGCGCCCCCAAUGGCUGUUGACACAGAGGAGGAAUGACUGACUCCACCACUCAAUGGGGAGAUAAACUUGUACAAAUGACUAAUACAAAAGAAAUGUCUGGUGAUCAUUACUGGGCAUACUUUUUUAAUAUUAAUAGGAUUUUUCAGAAGCAUUAUUUGGCUGUCAUCUGUUCACAGUGUAAGAUCAUUU